AGGGCGUGGGCGGUCGUUUCCAAUCCCCUUUCUUUUGUAUCUCUGGUGAUACCAAGAGAACUCUUGGCGAUUCUUAUAGUAGUACAGUACAGUACAGUACAGUGACAGAUCUGAUCAUAUAUUAAACCUUUGCCAGUCCAAGAAAAGCAGAGAGAGAUAGAUAUGAGGUUUGGAUUGCUAAUCUGUUUGUCUGUGAUACUACUGUCUCUACAGCAAGCUACAGGAGUCCUCUGGGGCACGUUUGAACGAACACCCGGUGCACACAAUGUCCGCGGAAGAGUAAGGCUACUCAAUGCAAAAACAAUUCAACUAGAGAACUUCUCCUUUGACGGGCGAGGUUUUGAAGUGUUUGCGUACUACUAUCGCCCUGGAGAUCCUGUGCUUAGUUCUGGAGGAGGCUCCAUCAUCCCAGUGCCUGGAAGCAACAAUGCUGAUGGACGUUUCAACUUAGGGCGGUCCUAUAAUGAUGAUGUGUUACUCCUCCCACUUCCUGACGGAGUGGAUGCUUGUGACAUCAGCACACUCACCAUCUGGUGUCGACCAGCCACAGCUAUCUUCAAUAGAGUCACUCUCACAAGAAGUGUGUUUAUGAGUGAUGAUGAAGUUGGUGGCGCUAGUACCUGUGCCUUGAAGCCUGAGAAUAUAGAGGUCCCCCUGGUCACCCCACUGAACAACUGCAUGUUCCUGGACCCAAGUCUACGGUUGAAAUGGAGAGUGGACAGAGAACAGUCCAACGUCAUGUUCCAACUCUGCGGCUGUCUCUCCUCCAACCCAGAUGUGAACCAGUAUAUGGGGUUUGGAGUGAGUGGCAGUGAUAGCUCCACUCUGAUGGUUGGAGGUGACCCCACCAUCACCUGGGUGGACUCCUCCUCACAACCCAAUGCCCGCGACUAUCACCUCAGCGCUUACACUCAGUGUGUGACAGACCAGGGGGCGUGUCCAGACACUGUCAGAGGCUGUACUGAUGAUGCCACAUUAGUGAGUGGGUUCAGAGAUGACACUCAACAGUGUGUCACCUUCACCCGUCCAUUCACUCCAACCGAUGUGGGGGUGUGCGAUCGACCUUUGGACCCUGACAACACACAACUGUACAUAGUGUGGGGAGUGGGUGGUCUUGGAUCUACAGCAUUUAGACACUUCCUGCGAGCACAGGCUACUGAUUCUCCACUACACCUUGGUCGUACUCCCCUAGACUCGUGUGGAACCACACCCAUCUCUUGUACCACUUGUUCUCCCUAUGUAGGACAGAGGAUCAUUGCUAGAGACAAUACCACCUUCAGAGCUGUGAUUGGUCCGUCUGGCAAUAACCGUGGUUACACGAGCAUCGCUGGUCUGCCUAGUUGGGGCAUUGCUUGGUAUCUGAAUGGGAUCUUGAUUCCUGAGCUAGUGGUCCAGCGAGGCAGCACGUACACGUUCAUUGUAGAGGGUGGGGAAAACCCCUCAGUGGAGUCAGCCUAUCAUCCAUUGUACAUCACCAGCUCCAUGACUGGCUCCAGGAUCAGUGACUCAAACAUCAGAAAUACGGAGGUGGUGUAUGCUGGGUUCACAGGUGAUCAGGAAACAGCAGUUGGUCGACUGUGUGAACUGGUGGAGACUCCCUCUGCCCUCGCCUCCAGGACCUCCUGUCAAGAUCUCGAUGACUACCUCUCUAAACUAGAGGAUGGUUCAGGGUGCAGUCAGGGUCAGGCCGGCACUCUCAGCUGGACCCCAGAUGAGAACACUCCGGACACUGUCUACUAUCAGUGUGCCACUCACAAGAACCUCGGCUGGAGAAUACAAGUCAUGGACGCCCCAAUUACUACAGAGCCUACGAACCCAAGUACUACCCCAAGUACUACCCCCUCAACCACACCCCUUACAACCACACCCCCUUCAUCGCCUGCCUCAACCACACCCCUUACAACCACACCCCCUUCACCGCCUGCCUCAACCACACCCCUUACAACCACACCCCCUUCACCGCCUGCCUCAACCACACCCCCUUCAUCGCCUGCCUCAACCACACCCCUUACAACCACACCCCCUUCACCGCCUGCCUCAACCACACCCCCUUCAUCGCCUGCCUCAACCAUCGGUUUCGAUUUUACUGUUCCCUUUGUUCCUACUGUUUCCCUUCCCUCGUUCCCAUCCACCUCCAAACCGGUGGACAAUGCCGCAAUACAAGCGGUCAUUAUCGGUGCUGCAGUGGGAGGAGUAGUAGCCUUCUCUUUGGCUCUACUGCUCAUUGCCCUCAUUGUUGUGUUAAUUGUCAUGGUGGCCAGGAACAGUGCUAUGUCUCAGAAACCUGUUGAAGCUGAGUAUGUUACCGGGACUAAUCCUCUGUCCAAAGAACUGGAAGCCACGGCUGACAACAAGUAUGCAGAGUCUCAGUUGGGAGCUGUUACAGAGAUAUGAACAGCUAUAAUUAUAGUAUAGUAUAGUAUAGUAUCUAGUGCAUGUCUCAGCUAAUAUAUACAUGUACAGGACUAGCAUGUAUUAUUUAUCAUCAUUUUGUUUUUAUGAUUAUGACCAUUGCCA